CUUCAUAAUUUUCCGAUUUGUUUUCUUGCCAAAGCCGAAUGGAGGGUAACGGAUAGCUUUGAAAUAAAGGACUUCCAAUGAAAACCGUACCAUACAUCUCUUCCAAGGAUAUCUGAGUCAUGGCUGGGACCACACUCUGCACAGAUACUUCAGAAGCUGUAGAAUUGUUCAAAGCACAAGGACUCUACUUAAAACCUAUUGCCAAACUUACAGUAUGUGUACAACUGCCAAAACUGAAAGAAAUGGGGAAAUCUAUCUCAAACUGGGAGGUGAUGGAAAAAAUUAAACGCAUGGCCAAACCUCACUCCUUCGUUUCCCUGAAGAUUAUCAAAAGCACAAUGGAGUUUAUGAGAUUGGAAGGAGAGGCAGAAACAAAGACGGAAAUCAAGGCCAUUAUUCAGUGUCUGGAUGGCAGGACAAUAAAACUGAGUGGCUUUCCUGAGGUUCUGAAGGUCAAGGCAGCGGAAGCCAAGGUCAGUCACCCUUCACAGCACGACUGGGACUCGUUCUUCAGAGACGCCAAAAACAUGAAUGAGAUGAAACCAGGAGAGCGACCAGACACCAUACAUGUUAAGGACCUACCAACUAAGUGGUUCUCUCACAGACAGAAGGACAGACCCAGUGAACAGGUGGUCAAGAGAGUGUUUGAGAAUUUUGGGGAGGUGCGGUGCUUAGACAUUCCUAUGUUGGACCCAUACAGGAAAGAAAUGACUGCAGUUAAAUCCAAUGGUCUGCAGACUUUCAGCUUUAACACAGGGAUUACUUUUGAUUUGUAUGUUCAGUAUAAAGAAUAUAUAAGUUUUGUUAAAGCUAUGGACUCACUGCGAGGAAUGAAGUUGUUAUACGUAGCAGAUGAUGAAGAAGAGAAGGCAUAUACAUCUUGCAUUAAGGUGGACUUUGACAAAACAAAGCAUUUGUCGGACAGAUCCAUUAAAAAAAGAAGAAUGGAACGAGAAAAAUUAGAGCAGCUAGAAAGAGAAAGAGAAGAAAAAGUUCGCAAGGAAAGAGAGGAAGAAGAAAAAAGAAUCGAGGAAGAAAAGAGGAAAAAAGAAGAAGAGGAGAAGGAGAAAGAGAGAAAACGUGUAGAGAAACUAGAGAAGAGGGAAAAGCGAAGACGUGAGAGGGAAGAGAAGAGGAGACUGAAGGCCCAGGAGAGGAAGAGGUUGGAGGAAGAGAGGCAGUAUCAGGCGAAGAUUCAGAUGGAAGAGAGGCGGUUCUUGGUAGCCCAGAGGAAACUGGAGUCCAUCAGACUUCUGGGGGAACUGUUCUCUAGAAUAAAGGCAGAGAAGUUGUCCAAUGAUUUGGUUCAGCGAGAGUUGGAGCUUGAAGUGGAAAGGCGGAAACAACUAGAGGAGGAGAAAAGAAUCAAGGAGGAUAUGAAGAAGCGGAAACUUGAGGCAAAGAAGAGGAGGAAGGAGGAGCUCAGACAUCAUGAAACAGAACUGAGGGAGAAGAUCCUCAAAAACUGGAAAGACAAGUUUUGUGUACAUACACAGGAGGAAAAGAAAGAAGAAGAGAUGAGAGAGAGAUUGAGGAAAAGAUUACAAGGAAAGAAGAUUCUAAAGAGUGCUGCAGUGAAGCCAAACUUUACAAAAGUGACAGCAAGUUCAGAGGUCAGGCCCGCCCCCUCCCCUCCUGAUUGGCGGCAGCGUGGGGAGGAGUGGAUCAGAGAGGAGUAUCAAAACAAAGUCCUGCCCAAGGACAGAAGACUGAAAAAACAGGCAGGGCACAGACUUCAUAAAGGUAUGCCUUAUAAUCCACACAUGGAAUGGAAAAAGAGGUUAAAACGAAAAGAGUCAGAAAUGAGAAGGUGGAAAGAAUGGAUGGAGUGGAAGAAGCAGUUUUUGUAUUGGAAACACAAAUUUUCCAUCCCUGUUCCUUAUGUGGACUGAUUGCAUUAUUAAUUACAAGCAUAAUAAUGUUCAUUUUUACAGUGUUUAAAAAACACAAGCAUCAACAUUUCCUUUUUUUUAAAAUGUUGAUUUUACAUCUUUUUUUUACUUUUACUGUUUAAAACAUUUAUGUUUUUCAUGUGAUAUCGAAGGAAAUUCAUUUCUUUAUGAUUUUAAACUUUAAUUACGGAGAAAAGUAACAGAUAUUUCAAGGUAGAAUAUGUUUGAAUUGAGUUAUUUUUCUUUGUUCAUGACAAGAUUUUUCAUACUGAACCAAGAUCUGUUCAUAUUUUUUACUGAAUGAAGAAAUCAGUUGUUUAUACAUGUAAAUAUUUGUCAACAAAAAUUCAAAACAUUGAACUGACACAAGAAAUCUUACAAAUAAAAAAUGUUGAAAUUAUAA